CGGCUCGGCGCUGCCCGCAGCUGCUGCCGAGCCCGGAGAUCCUCGGCCGCUGCCGCCCGGCCAGGACCCUCCCUGCGCUGCCCCCCCGCCCCGCCCCGCCCCGCGAGAAAAGCCUCCCAGCGCAGGGAGCGGGGUCGGCGGAGGGCAGGAUGGAGCUCCUGGAGGCGGCAGCAUCAGCAUCAGCAUCAGCAUCAGCGAAGAGCCCCGGAUCCCCCCGCCGUCCGCCUGCCGGGGCUGGAGGUGCAGACCCCGCCAGAGCCUGGGCGUCCGAGGAGGAGGCGGCGACUGGCCAGGUUCAAGCCCAAAGAGGGAUAUUUGCAUCAGUUGAUGCACCGGAGCUGGUGACCUUUGAAGAGAUAGCCGUCUGCUUCUCUGCUGUGGAGUGGUCCAUGCUGGAGGGAUGGCAGAAGGAGCUGCACAAGGAAGUGAUGCAGGAAAACUACGCUUUGCUUUCUUCCUUGGGUCACUCUGUCCCCUUGGGGGAAUGUUCAUCCUUAAUCCAUCAGCUGGAAGGAACCCCUGGGGGUCACAGUCCUGGAAGCUCUGGUGGUGGGGAAAGUGAUGUCAGCGGAGAGGAGCUCCCCUUUACAGAGGAUGCAAGGGAGGUGGAGGGACCCUGGGACCUGGAGCAUCCGCACGAGGGGUGCCUGACCCCAGUGAGCGAUGGGGAAGGGAAAUGCCAGAGCAGCCUGCACCUUUGCGCCCUCAUGAAGCUGGUGAAGGAGAUCCCGGAAUUCCUCUACGGGGCCACGAAAGCCAGCCCAGACCCAGGCACAGCGGCCAGCAGUGGUGGCGGAGCAGAGGCAGCAGCCGACGUGCCGGACGGCCCUGUUAAAACGGAAGCACGUGCAGAGAGUCCGGAUCACCAUAGUCUCGAGGGCGACUUGGCAGAUAUCUCCCCAAGUCUGUCCAGUCAUCCCGACACACCCAGCAGUAGCACACAGGGAGACUGGGCAGCGUCUCGAAUCUGGGGCUUGUACACCCAAGAUGUGGCAACAAACACAGAGGUGGCUAUAGAAGAGAAUUUGUCGCGAGGGCUACUGAAGCAUGAGAAGGAAGCCCUUGCUGAUGGGCCCUGCCAGUCCAGGGUGCGGAACGGCAGCCUCCAGACAGGACAGGAGGAAGAGGAUUCUUGCCCUGCAGUUAAAGCAAACCCAGCCCUGGAAAGAUCCUGCUGCCCUCAGGAAGACUCCUGUGCAGAGGGUGGAGGAGAAAGGGAUGGAGCUGGACCCAGGACCAGCACGCCUCAAGCCCCAGCUGGUGACUGGCUGGACUGCAGAGCAACGGGAGACGUGGAUCUCAGGAGGACGACGGCGUCAGGAGCUGGAAAGCAGCUCCCACAAGAAGCUGCUGCAGAGGGUGACAAUCUGUCCCUGACAAGUUCCCUGAAAGGAGGAGGGGCAAAUGGGCCUGAUCCAUCGGGCACUUGUGGGGAUGGUUCCUUGUCCAGCAACGGCACCGUGGGGGAGAGGACGUUGCCUGAGAAGGUUGGGAGGAGAGCAGCUCCAGAAGGUCCUUUCAAGCACUCCUCUUCAAAGCCGGCACGAGAAACAGCAGCGGAGGAGAAGCCCCUCCAAGGCCUGCUGAGGUGCUUGAAGGAAUUAAUUGUCCACCAACCCCAGCACUCCCAUCAAGCGUCCCGCAAACCCUCCACAGGGGGCUGCCAGAAGCUCCUUGGCCACAGGAGAAGGGAGGUGGGGAAUGGAACUCCACCCCUCCAAGUUAAAGUUGAAGCAACAGAUGAGGACCCCACUGCCCAUAGCCAGAGAAAUCCUGGCAGGGAAAGAUCCAGCCCUUUUGUCACGCCAGACAGCAACACCUGCAGCACUUCUGCCUUCCUACCUGGAGGAGGAGGACAGAGCAUGCCAGACCUGAAAGAUGGCAACCUGUUUGCAGCAGUUAAAAUGGAGCUGGCGGCUGAGGGCUCCCUGCUCCAGGGCCCGGAGAGAGCUGCUCAUGCCAUCAAGCUCCUCGGAGCCCCGGGUGAGGAGAGAACAACAGAGGAGACCAGCGCCCUGGGUGUAAAAAUUAAAACGGAAGUGAUGGUGGCUGAAGAGGAAGCCGCCUUGCGAGGCCUGAAGGAGAUGGCGGAGGAGGAGGCAGCCUUCCAGCCGGAGCUGCGGGACUCUGGCUCUGCCCUCAGUGGGCCAGAGGCAGGCCUGGAGCCGGGGCUCUGGGUGCCCUAUUCGGAGGAGUGGAGCCCUGCAACCAGCCCUCUCCAUGGCCUCCUGAACUGCCUGAAGGAAAUCCCUGUCCCCAGACCUCACCCUUCCAAAGGCUUGGCUGGUAGAAGAGGCGGAGGAGGAAAAGAGAGAAGAAAAGUGGGGAGACGAGGAAAGUCAGAGCUCCGCAGUGACCGGGCAACGCCAGAGAAGAUGUGCCAAGCUUCGUCCCAGUGCCACACACCCCCGGCACUGGCCAUCUGCGGACUCGGCAGCCCCUUGCAAGGCCUGGAGAGGUGUCUGAAGGAGCUCCCGCCCAGCGCGCGGAGCCACGCCUCUUCGCCAGCCAUCAGCUCCUCCAUUGGCAGCUCCCCGGACCGACUCCCCAAGUGGCAUCCAGAGACCGGGAGAUGGGCUAGGAAGGAGGAAGGACUCAGCCAACACAGCACCCCCUUGCAAGGCCUGGAGAGGUGUUUGAAGGAGCUCCCUCCGAACUCACCCGGUCAGCCGCCUUCGCCGGCCAUCAGUUCAUCUUUCAGCAGCUCUCCAGAAGGACCCCACAGGUGGACGCCGGACACGGGGAAAUGGACGAGGAAGGAGGGAGGUUCUGUAGGACGCAGCCGAAACAGCACUCCCUUGCAAGGCCUGGAGAGGUGUUUGAAGGAGCUCCCCCCGCACUCUCACAGCCUGCCCGAUUCACCAGCCGUCAGUUCCUCCAUUAGCAGCUCUCCAGAAGGACUCCACAGGUGGACGCCAGAGACGGGGAAAUGGACAAGGAAGGAGGAAGGACUUAGCCGAAACAGCACCCCCUUGCAAGGCCUGGAAAGCUGCCUGAAAGAGCUUCCUGAUACGCCACACAGCCCUUUCUUUUUGCCAGCCGUCAGCUCCUCCUUUGGCAGCUCUUCUGAAGGACACUGCAAGCCAGAGAUGGGAGAAUGGUCAACAAAGGAGGAAGCAGGGGUGUGUCUGUCCAGGAUCCCACCCCUUCAAGGCCUGGAGAACUGCCUGAGAGAAAUCCCAGUGAGUGGAAGGUCCCUUGCAAACUCUGUCACUGCAGCAAGCGAUUUCGUUACCCAGAAGCCGAGGAGAGCAGAGGCAGCAUCACGAAGGCCGUGGGCAGGAGGUGGUCCUGCAAGCAGCCGUCCCCCGCCCCCCGCGGGUGUCCCUGGGCCUUUCAACCCAGAAGCUGGUGUGGAGAGUUCUCCCCUUCACAGACUAAUGAACUGCCUCAAGGAAAUCCCCAUCAAAAGGCCCAGUUACCUCAACACCCCGAGUGUUUCCUCUUCUUCCUCCAGCUGCAGCGAAAUGGAGAGAGACCAGCAGAGCCCAGGGAGCGGGGCCUGGUGGGACGGCAGCCCAGACACGUGCCAAGGAUCGGAGGUGGAUGUGGCUGCCGGGCAGAAGGGGAUUGGAUCCUGUAGGAGUCCACUGUCUCUCCUUCCAUCGGAGGAGGAAAGAGGGUUUCCUUCCACUCCAGAGCCUGAGCUUGCUGAAGCAGGCCACGGAGCGGCAGCGGCCUCCCCACUCCACGGCCUGGAGAGCUGCUUGGAAGACACUGCUGUGAGCCAGAUGCUCUGCUCCAACCUCCCUCCCAGGAGCGCCAAGAUCCAGGGGGACGUGGCACUGGAGGGGCCUGAGGGAGGGGUCCUCCAGUCCCAUUCGGCAAACGGCGUCCUCAUUCGUGGUCCGCAGAGCUGUGCAAAGGAUGCAGCGGCCAGGAACCCCACUCAUUCCAGCACAGCAGCCCAAGGCACCUUUGACAGGACGCUGGAAAGAGAGGUGGAACGGAGGAGCCACCCGGAAGCUCCGACUCUUCAGAGUCCCCACACUGAAGGAAUGCUGAGCAGACGGCAGGCUCUGGAGAGAGGUCGGUUAACGGGUGGCAGACGGCAGCAGGCGUCCCUGGACAGCCAGACGGUGCAGGAGGUGGCGACAGAGAGCAGCCCCCUCCAGGGCCUGCUGAGGUGCCUCAAGGAGAUCACGGCAAGGGGCCCCAGUCCGCGCAGCCUCUCGGCCAGCAGCACACCUGCCAGUGACGCACGAGGAGAAGCCAGGCACAAGCCAGCGGAGGAGGAGGCAGAGGCGGCAGCUGAAGCUGGGAGAGCGAGCCGGGAAGGUCUGGGCAGCAGUCCGAAGGGAAGGUCUGCAAGCAGAACCAGUCCUGCCACCUCACCCUUGAGGAGCCCACCGAGGGAGGCCGUGAAGGGGAGUCCACCCCUGGAGGCUGGCCGGGGGCCCAGAGGAUUCACCCCCACAAGCAGCCCUGUCUGUGGGGUGAGGACCUGCGCAAAAGAAGUCGUUGGAAACGGAAAUCUGUGUGUGUCGAGUCCGAAGUCUCCUGCUCACAAGUUCAGUGCCCAAAGACGAAGCGACUCCAGCCCAGCCAAGAGUGGCAUGAAAAGAUCACCCGUGGCAGCAAGGGGAGAUGACUCCCCAGCUCCGGGUGCCGCAUCCUGCAGUUUCCAGCCACAAGGUGGUCCUAGGUUGGACAAUCCACCCAAGAAAAGGUGCCCCAGCCUGGACCCCACUCUGGCCCCCUGUGGCUGGGGGAAUGGGCAGCCGCCUCCUCCGGAGUGCCGGGCAGAGGUGGGUGGCCUUGGGCCUCUGCUGUCCCGGAAGCUGGACCAUCUCUCUGCGGACAUGAGCGCCAUCUGCAGGGACGUCUCCCGCUUGCAGAGUCACAUGGACAGGCUGGAGCAAGACGCCCGGGGCUGGGUCCUCGAGCUGGCCACGCUCCACAUGGAGAACAGGUGCCUCAGCGAGUAUGUGCGGCGCAUGGAGGGCCGCUGCCGCACCCUGGAGAACCGCUCCCGGCGCAACAACUUGCGGAUGCUGGGCUUGCCGGAGGGCCUCGAAGGCAGCGACGCGGUCUCCUUCUUGCAGAAGAGCCUUCACGCCAUGCUGGGGCUGCCCCUGGAGGCCCCGGCCCUGGAGAUCGAGAGCGCCCGCCGGGUGCAAGGGGGCAUCUCCUGGGACCCCAGUGGCAGGCCCCGCCCCCUUGUGUUCCGCCUCUUGCGCUUCGCAGACAAGACGGCCAUUUUGCAGGCGGCCCGCACGCGGCCCCUCAGCUAUGCUGGUGCGCAGGUCACCAUCUUGCCAGACUUCUGCUCCUCGCUCAAUCAGCGCCGCAGGAUCCCGUUUGGGGGAGUAAGGAGGACCAGGUGGGCAGCUGACCUCUGCUUUGGCCCGCGACACUCCUCCUGGUGGCCUGGCUGGACGCAGGGGCUACGGGAGCCUCUGGCCAGCUCGGGGCCCCUUGCAGGAGAGAGGGAGGGGGGCAGAGUUCCUAAAGGGCCAGGGGCAGAGAACUGGGCCACAGAGGCAUCAGCGGGCCAAGUGCACCAUGGGGCGUGCCAUUCUGCACACAGCGCUGAGCACCAGAACCUGUGAGGCGUGGCUUCCCCAGGCAUUUCAGUGAAACCGAGGAGAAAUGGUGCUUGGUUUCUACCAGUGGGCUAAACUUCCUGUUCCAUUCAUUGUAUUCAGUAGCAACACCCUCCCCACUGGGGGAGGUAGAGGAGGCCCGUGGGGCUGCUUGACCCUGGCCCCCUUGGUCUGAAGCUCUCUCUCUCUACAUGAAUUGGUUGCACACUGGAAGAAUGGCUUUGCCGCUUGGUCCCAGGUGUUGGCUUGUGCAGAACUCAAAAAGUUAUCGUGGGUCUCCUGCUUGGGUGCUUCUGUUCAUUCUCGGCAGGGAAGUCCCGGAGGGUGCUGAGGGCUGGCUGCUCGUCAUCUCCCACCCUGGGACCUUCCCUGUGGGGCCCUGGAGGUUCCUUCCCUCCUUGCUGCUGACUCAUCAACAGAUAAGAGGUUGACGACAUCACAGGGAUGCGCAUCCAGUCAUAUGGGAUUGCAGCCUCAUGGUGCUGGGGUGGCUAGAAGGGGCUUCUUGUCUGCUCCACUAAGUGAUCAGCUGGAAGUGACAUUUCUCUCUGACAAACACGUCAUGGCACUGGUAUGGCACCCCCUGUUAUGCACAGUUACUACUGGAUGGCUGUUCAGAAAUGCCAGCUACAGCCAGACAGGACAGCCAGUCUCCUUACAGCAGUGGGACCACAAUUUCAGCCCUCCAGUUGUUGUUGGACUACAACUCCCAUCACCCCCUGCCACAAUGAUCUUUGGCCACUGUGGCUGGGGAUGAAGGGGGUUGUAGUCCAACAGCAGCUGGAGGGCCAAAGUUGAGCAUCCCUGCCUUACAGCUAGGGAUGUGCACAAAACUGGUUUGCCCAGUUCGGUUUGGGUUCGAACUGGGAGGGGGAGGUUCAGACUUGGUUUUGCUCGAACCCUCCUGGUUUGGUUCAAAUUAGAACCAUUUUGAACCGGUUCGAACCUCCAAAAGUGGGUGGGGUGGUAGUAAGCACCCAGGGGUGCUUACCACCCAAACCCCAAAGCAAUCGGACUCUCGUACGAUUUUUUAUGAAUUUUUGAAAUAUUUUUAAUUUUUCUUAUAGGGUACAAUGGGACUUGAACCAGCCUAUUAUCCCCUAUUGUGGAACACCCACGAAUGCCAACUACCAACCAAACCCUGAAGCAAUCGGACACUCCUACAAUUUUGUAUGAAUAUUUGAAAUAUCUUAAAUUUUCUCAUAGGGUACAAUGGGACUCGAACCAGCCCAUUAUCCCCUAUUGUGGAGCACCUAGGGGCACAAAAGUGGGGUGGGUGGUAAGUACCCAGAGGGGUGCCUACCACCCACUAUACCCCAAGGCAAUCGGACACCUCUGAUUAUUGGUGAAUUUUUAAAGUAUUUCUGAAUUCCUCAUAGGGAAUAAUGAGGAUUCCAGAAAAUGUAUUGCUUCAUGUCGAGGGGAAAGGGUGGCCUAGAGCAGAGUGUGGUGGGUGGUAGUUCCCAAGGGGGCCAAGGAAGCUACUAGAAUUAUUUGGAAGGAAUUGGGCAAAGGGUUGAUUUUUAAAUGAUUUUUGAAAUUUACGCGUCCUUAAGGUUUUUCUCCAUUGGGAAGAAUUGAGGUUUCAGCAGCCCCAUAACUGCACUUGGGAGGUGUUGGGGUGGCCCAGAGUGAGUGGUGGUGUAGUUCAGAGAGAGUUCCAGCCACCCCCAUGGGUUGCUAACCCGUGGGGUACUGUGUUCUGUUGUUUCUGAGGUGUUCUGAGUGUAGAUUCUCUGGUAGCAAAUGAGAUUUUCAAUGACAAACCAUGAAUCCACUCUCACCCCACUUUUGUGCCCCUAGGUGCUCCACAAUAGGGGAUAAUGGGCUGGUUCGAGUCCCAUUAUACCCUAUGAGGAAAAAAAAUUCAAACGUUCAUAAAAAAUUGUACUAGUGUCCAAUUGCUUUGGGGUUUGGGUGGUAGGCACCCAAGGGUGCCUACUAUCACCCCACCCUCUUUUGGAGGUUCAAACAAGUUCAAAUCACUACCCCCCCCAGUUCGGUUCAGAUUCGAACCUGCAGCUCGAACCUGUCUGGUUCAGUUCUAAUUCGAACCAUCAAACCGAACUGGUUUGAAUUCGAACCGGUUUGCACAUCCCUGCUUACAGCACAGGUGCUCAGCCUUGGUUCUUCAGAUGUUGGGGCUAUAGGCUCUUCGGGAUUGUGGCUGGGAAUGAUGGCCAUUCUAGUUCGACAACAUCUGGGGACCUAAGGUUGAGAACCCGUGCCUUACAGGAAUGGCUCACCCAGAGCUGAAUGGACUCUCCCUUCGUCUGUAGCCUUCUGGGCAUAAUCUGAAGAGCUGGUUUUGAGCGACAAAAGCCUUAGAUGGUUCAGAUCCAAUAUGCCGGGAGGGGAAGGCUUCUAAACAUAUUUGCUCAACGUAUUCUUUACACAGAUGCUUCUUUACACAGAGCAACAAGGACAUGCAGGGCAGCGUUCUUGGGGCUCUCUUCCGCCUGAGGCUCACUAGACUCCAUGUUCCGGAAGCCUUUUGGAGGCAAGCAGAGAUUUCUCGGUUUGGGCAGGCAUUGGCUGUCUGGGGACAAUUCAGGGUUGAAGUAUGUUUUGAAAUGUGUCACUUUUAUAUUUUUAAUGUAUUGUUUUUAUAAUAUUUUAUAUUGGUAUUUUGUUCCUAUAUGGUUGUCAAGCCACCCUCAGUCUUUGUGGAUAAGGUGGGCCAUAAAUAUGAAUAAAGACAUGAACACGGAAACACAA